GAACACUACUCACUGGCCAAGACAAACUUGUGGGGAGUAUAUACUCCUCAGCAGCACGUCAUUCCCUGUUGUCCAUACAAUUGCACCAGAGUGGAUUUUGCUUCAGCUGUUGACGGAGAACAGUGAAUAAUAAUGGACAACACAGACAAAUAUUUACUGAACUAUAAAGGCUAUAAUUUUGUAUCUGCUGUUGUUAAUGAUAGUGACUUUCUAGAAAAUAUAGAGGAUUUUGAAAUCAGAGAUGAUGAUGUCUUCAUAAUUACAUAUCCAAAAUCCGGUACCAUCUGGACUCAGCAGAUAUUGAGUUUGAUUUAUUCUGAGGGACAUCGUAAUGGAACUGAAAAUUUGCAAACGAUUGACAUAGUCCCCUUCUUUGAAUACAAUAUACGCAAAGUUGACUUUCUCAAGAGACCAUCCCCUCGCCUCUUCGUAUCUCACCUCACCUACAAUUUAGUACCCAAGGGUCUCAUGAACAAAAAAGCUAAAUAUGUUCCACAACCACGUGAGAAAAAGAUUAUUUACGUCUACAGAAACCCCAAGGAUGUUUUGACUUCAUACUUUCAUUUUUCAAAUUUAGUGGUUAUAUUUGAAGCUAUGAAUAACAUAGAGGAACUUUUGGAAAAGUUUCUAGAUGGAAAAGUGGUGGGAGGCCUUUGGUUUGAUCACGUCAGAGGCUGGUACGAGCACAGACAUGACUUCAAUAUUCUGUUCAUGAUGUACGAGGAAAUGAAAAAGGAUCUCAGAAGUUCUGUGCUUAAAAUCAGCAGUUUUCUUGAGAAAGAACUGAGUGAAGAGGAUGUGGAAACCAUUGUGAAACAAGCUACAUUUCAGAACAUGAAGUCUGAUCCAAGAGCAAAUUCUGAUGAUAUUAUAAACAAUGACCUUGGGAGAAGAACAAAUGAGGGACGUUUUCUGCGCAAAGGGACCGUUGGAGACUGGAAAUGUCACUUGACAGUGGAGCAAAAUGAGAGAUUUGACAAAGUAUUCCAAAGGAAGAUGCGAGAUGUUCCCUUGAAGUUCAUCUGGGAUCUAAAUGAGGGGUAGAAUCAGUGUAAAAGAAUUAUAAAAUAGUCUACUAACCAGGAAGCCUAUUUUAAUAGACAUGUUCAUUUAUAUUUCUUAUGCAAAUGUUAAUUAUACAACUUUAUUGAUAAAAAAUGAGUAAACUGUACUUAGAUUAGUUGCUAUGAGCUUGAUAAACACUUUGAAAUUUCAAGAAUUAAAAUGAUUUAGGAGAUAGCCUGCAUUGAUAGCCUGUAUUGUAAAGUGAAAAACAGGAAGUAUGCAAUGUGAAUUAUAAAUGUUCUGAGGGAGCUUUCUGCAGUGUGUACUUUUUAAUCCACAAUUAAGUUUAGUAUCAAUGAAAUCUUAAAAUUUAUUUUAUUAUUGCAAUUAAAGAUGAAUUCUUUUAUUUAAAAUCACUGUGAAUGUCUAAAUAAGUAGAGAACUCACAGGCAAGCACAUGCCUCUAUUUAAUAACUCACCAGAUCACUAAAAUUUACACUGAAGGUCAGAGGAUCAAAGAUGAAUUAAUCAUCUAAUGGUUCAAUCAUUCAACUAUAUGUAUAAAAAAUUGUAUUCAUAACGUCACUAAUUCCACAUGUAUUUAACAGUUAAAUAUUUAAAAUAAAAUCAUUUUGAAUUACUAGAAAAA